UCUCUCUUUUAUUCUCUGUUUCUCUCUCUGAGACUCUUUUUUCAUUGUCUUUCCUUCUUUCUGUCUAUCUUUUUCUCUCUGUUUAUAGGUAUUUUUUCCCCUCUUUUUUGAGACUGUUUUCUCUCUCUCUCUCUCUCUCAGACUGUCUCUCUCUCUCUCUCAGAGACUGUCCUUUUUUCUCCGUCUCUCUCUCUCUUUUAUUCUCAGUGUUUCUCUCUCUGAGACUCUUUUCUUUCUGUCUUUCUUUCUCUCUGCCUAUCUUUUUCUCUCUGUUUACAGGUAUCUCUCUCUCUCUCUCUCUCUCUCUCUCUCUCUGAGACUGUCUUUUUCUCUUUGUCCCUGCUUUCUCUCUGUCUCUUUCAGAGUGUCACAUUUAAAAACAAUGUUCCAUUUUGUUGUUAUAUAGUUGAUUAUGAUCAUCUGAAUGUUGCUUUGCAGUGUUAAGAGUUGACAGCAGACAUGAGGUUGAUUUCCAAGGUAUAUAUAUAUAUAACUUAUUCACAGCAUACACACCCGUGUGAAUUUAGUAACAAUAGUAUCCCGGAGUAGUUAUCUAUUAAUUUAAACACCACGUGACAAUUCCUAACAACAAUUAAUGAUCUACAGGAAUUAACAAGUUCUGCUUAUCUGGCACUUUGAUUGAGACUGUUUAACCCGCCUUAUGUAACACGACCAUUUCAAACAUCUCCUGAGAUUUGUCUUUAGUAUCCAGCGAUUUUUUAUUCAGUGUGCCAGGUUUUAUUGUUCUUUUCCAUGUUUGCUCAAGUCAUUAAAAAGUCGCCUCAAAAUAUUCCAUUCCCUGGAUGGACUUUAAAUCUGAGAUUAUAAUGACUGUGAUUUUUUUGCUUUAAAUCACAUGGUGUGAUACCUCUAUUAGCGCAAAGGAUGCAGAAUUGAACACUUAGACACCGAUUGUGAGACAAGCCCAGCUUUGUGUCCGCAUAACACUGCAGAGUCUUAAUUACUACCACACCAUUAUCUUGCAGCCAUUUUGAUGUGGAGAAAUGAAGUUCAUGCAAAAGUUGGAAUAUUUCAGAUUUGACCAGGUGUUCUUGCCUCCAUAAGAGGAUUUUAUAUGUCUGUUAUUCAUUGAAAUCUGGAAUAAUGUGCAUGCCUUAUUGCAUAUCAUCCUGCAUACGUUCAAUCACAGAAUAAUGUCAACAGUGACAUAUCUGACGAGAUAAUAUUUAAACCCUCGCUACAGAUUAACGUCAAGCAGUCAGAGUAUUGCAUUGUGAAAAAUUAAAAUAACAGGAUUCUGUGUGAUGGUGAUGGAGAAUUCCAACAGCUAUUUUAAAACGACCUUGCGUGGACCAGCCUUGACCCGUAGUAUGGAUCUCAUGGGUCGUAAACUUGGUUUGAAGUUCAAGGUCAACUUGUCGUCAUCCUCCCCUGCAAUAUUCAAUCAACGGUCGAUGGGGAACGCCAGUAGAAAGUCUCUCUCAGGCUUUGUUCCGGCUCCACCCGAGGAACCCAGGCCGGAGGACCAGCCAAGAGGGUCAACCAAUCGUGGGAGUUGUCCGCAGUUUGUGCCAUACUCCGAUGAUGAUGAUGACGAAGAAGAUGAAGAGGAGGAGGAGGAGUUUUUUGAUGCGAGCGAUAAUUUUCCCCCUGCUCAGCCCUCAGUGCCGCCUCCAGCCAUGAUAGAUGCCUCUAUUGUGGCCAAACUCGUGAAGGAGGUGGAAGAACUGCUGCAUCAUGUGAGCAACGAAAACUUUCAGGCAGCAGCUGACACUGCCAAAAUAUUGCAACAGGCUGAUCUUGGAAACUUAACGAGAAGACUUUCAGUAGAGAGUACCCAAAUACACGCCCCAAACAACAACACACGACAAACCUUGCCAACAGACAGACUGCCAAAGAUUGGGGAGAACAAUGCCACUGAAAACAGAUACAGCAAUGCAGAGGUCCGAAAAUCAGCCAACUCUACAAAAAGCUCUGAGAUCAAGAAAUCCAACAGCGCCAAGCAAAUGCAGAUCAUACCUCUAGGAGAUUGCCCUGACAGUAUGUUGAAGUCCGAGGAGAGGCCGUUUCGCUUGCCACCCAUUAGAGACGGAAGUUCACAAAUUCCUGGUAACUCUAGCAUGAUAAGUAAUGACCUUCAGAAUGGUGAUGGUAACCUUGCAUGGGAGGUGGAUGUAUCAGAUUGGUUUCCACACGGCCAAACUGGCAAAAAACCCGUUCUCACUAGUCAACUACAACCAAAAGAAACAGAUGAAUCUUACGAGAGUUUCAUCCCCCCUAAAGUCACAGCCACAACUGCCGAAAUCUCUACCAGAAAAGUACUGGACCAAAAAAGAUGGAACUGCAUCAGUCGACCGCAAUACAGCAAAUCAUGCGGGAUGACCUCCCUUGUGUCAUGUUGGAAUUUCCUCUUCAGCACUCUUGGCAAUGGAAGCCUUAAUCCUAUAACUCAGGAAGAGGCUCUGACAAUCCUGGGAUUCAAGCCUCCGUUUGGGGAGAUUCGAUUUGGGCCAUUUACUGGCAAUGCGACUCUACUGAGAUGGUUUAAGACCUUGAAUGACCAUUUCAAGGUCAGAGGUCGAGGUUACUAUUUGUAUAAAACUCAUGGAAAGAACAAAACCUAUGGUACCUCCCCAGAGGAGGCCCUGUGGAACCUCAAAAAGGGACUGCAGGAUCCCUCCACUGCCUUUAUAUACCACUGCCAGAACCACUACUUCUGUCCUAUGGGAUUUGAGGAUACUCCUGUGAAAUGUACAGAGGCUUAUGGGUGUGGACUAUCCCAGGAGGAUUUGAAUACCUGGAUCCUGAUUGGAGAUCCGGCCAGUGGACAUCCAGCUAUACACUGUAAAAGAUGGACAGACAUUGUGACAGACAUUGGCUGUGUGAACCCUGACUUUUUGGACAUCCGUAGGUUAGAGAAAGGUAUGCAGCGACGAAAAACCAAGAAAAUUGGGGGAAACCUACACUGCAUCAUAUCAUUCACCAAAUGUAAAUUUCAAGCCAUAAAAACAUACAGAACGCAGAUUCCUGUGCUAGGUGGGAAAGCGGGUGCAAAAGACACUGCCCGCGUUAAAGUGACAGUGGAUAAAGAGGCCAAUUUAAACACUCCCUUAAAUGUGGACAGUGGCGAGGGGGGUGUUCUGAUGCCUGAACUCGAAGCUCAGGGGAAUUUUGAAUUAUGUCAGGCUGAAAAGGAAGAGAAGGAUAAACUUCCUACAUGUAAAGACGAUUUUGAGGAAGAGGACGAUACUCAAGAUCUAGACACAGAGAAUGAAUCCUCUGAAAAUAACUCAUAACAUCAGACGGAGAACCACAUGUGGAGGCUGACCAGUGUUCUGUUGACCUUGACUUCUUGACCUCCAGUGUGUAGAAAAUCAAUGAGGUGUGGGGUUUUUUUCUCUCAAAAGAGAUGCAUUUCCUAUUUCGUUUCGAAAAACAUGCAGGAAAUACUAAAAUACCUACAUGCAAGAGUUUUUUGGGGGGUUGAAUAAAACAGCCAAAAUGAUGAACAUUAACAGGACUGAUAUUUUAGUGCUAUGCAACAUUGUAUGUGAUGUACCUAUAAGUACAGUACUCAUUAGAUGGUGGCACUAGUGUACCAGGCUUCCAAUACAGCACUGAAUAGGGGUGUUAUAACUAUAGGAAAUCCAAACAUUCCAAGGGUAUAUUUAUGAUGUGAUGUAUAAUAGCUUCCUAUAUUUGUUUUUGUAUUAAGUUUGAUUUUGUUUUAAUUUAAAAUAAAAAAAAAAACCAUUUCAA